AUGAAGUACUUGAAUUUAUCGCUGUUCUUUGUAGCCUCAUUCUCAGGAGCCGCUGAACCCCAAAACCUCGCUCCAGCUCUGCCAUUCUCAACGGGCUUCAACUCAUCUUUCUCUCUUUCACCUGCCCAGAUUAAAGAAGCCAAUCUUUCGGAGACUAUAGCUAGAAGUGUCAAUACCGUCGCCAACUUUCAUCAAUCUAGUCUUGCCAAUGGCGGUCCAAAGCAAGAUGACUUCUACAAUCUGCCUGUUAGACCGACCAAUCUUCGACCUGGCCAGGUUCUCAAGGUGCAGGAAGUGACCAACCCAGCUCCGUUCUCUAUUGCACCAGGAUCUUCCCUCAGCAGAAUUCUCUAUGCGACUCGUAACUUCAAUGGAACUAUCAUUCCAGCCAGUGUUUAUAUCCUCUGGCCUUUCCUGCCCCGCCAAUUUAACAGUAACUCGGACGGCAAAGCUCCAGCGGUUCUCUGGGCACAUGGAACGUCUGGCUUCUUCAUUGACUCUGCACCUUCCGCUCAUCGUGGUCUCUACUACGAGAACGUGGUCCCUCUGGCCCUCGCACAAGAAGGCUAUGCAGUUGUUGCGCCCGACUAUGCUGGUCUCGGAGUAGACAAGUCAUGGGACGGGACUGAUAUUCCGCAUCAGUACUUUGCUACACCUGCUGGUGCGCAAGACACUCUCUUUGCAAUGGAAGCUGCCCUUGGGGCAUUUAGCGACCGCCUUAGUGGGAAAUUCGCCAUUAUGGGUCACAGUCAGGGCGGUGGGAUUGCCUGGGGUGCAGCCGAGUCGCUCGCCAAAGGAAAAGAUACCAGUGGAAGCACGGCUUUCGUGAAACUCUUGAAGGGCUACGUUGGUACCAUUUCAAUUGCACCCGUCACGAAGCCUUUAUCCACCCCUCGGCUCUUCAGUAGCUACAGUGCAUCCAUAGCGCUGUCGAGUAUCUUUCAUGACUUCAAGCCCAGCCAAUGGUUGACCCCACUGGGAGUUGCGAGACAAAGGCUGAUGAAGCAAUUCGGAGGGAGUGUUGCAGUAGGACAGCAACUGUUCUUCACUGAGCCACAGACCGCGCUUGAGAAAUCCAAUUGGUACAACUCCUCUUAUCAUGCCGCUACCUUUGACAAGCUCGGGGCUGUAGGGGAUAAGCCGUUCGCAGGUCCUCUGUUAGUGAUUCAAGGCUCUGAGGACUUCUUCAUUGCUGCUUCGACUACCAACGAAACUGUCGCCAGCACCGCUGAUUCUUAUCCCAAUAACUCACUGAGCUACAUGUAUGUAGACAAGUUUGGUCACACGCCCAUCAUCUCAGGUGUGCGAAGCCUCUGGAUGGCAUGGCUUAAGGACAGAUUCCAAGGCAAGAAGCAGAAAACAGGGCUGGAGAGAACAUAUGUCAACGGAUGGCUAGGAGACAACAAACAUUUCUUUGGAAGCAAUGGCUAUCUUCAGUGGAGUGGAGCACCAGAGUAUACUUACCAGAACCCCGGGGCAGUCUAG